UGUCAGAGAUAUGACAUUUCUAUUGCAGAAAUUAAGAAUUCGUCUGCUAGUAUUAAACCAAAACUGCAGCCGUUUAGUUUUAUUAUAUACGUAAUUCGAAAUACAGGUGUAUAAACAAUCAAAUUUUCUCGAAAAAAACUAUCUAACAUGUAAAAAUACGAAGCCUCAAAUUAAAUGGAAAUAAUUUGUUAUCUUUAUUAUUUUUUGGUUAGAAUCAUUAACAAAUAAGUCUCGAUUGCAUUCGAUGAUAUGUUUGCGUUAGCAGUGACAAAUCCUGAAUGUGUGCUACUACGUGAAUUGAUAAACUAUUCUCACGUAAUGAAAAUUGCGCAAAUACAAUGCAAACGUCACAUCACCGUGGUUAAACCUUCAGCUGCAACUUGACAAUAGCCACAACAAUUCGUUCAAUCAACGUGGUAAGAUUAGCCCGAAAUUAUAACCGCGACGACGUUAGACUUAACCUGCUCUCCAUGAUUGUAAGACUACUAAAAAUAAUAUCAUGAAGGUCCGCUAAUCUGAUGAAAUAAGCACCUAUAAAAUUGUCCCUAACCCUUUUCGACCCUGAACACAAAGUGGCAAAAACCUCAAAGCCCCGAAAUGUACGCGUUCAAGCCAUUUGCGUUUACAAAGCAUGAGCCAAGGAGUGCGGAGAGACCGAAGGCAAGAAGUGGGCAUCGGAUAGCAUGCGACGAGUUGAACCUGUACUCGUACGGGGGCUUCAACCCGUGCAUAUCAAACGACGACCCUGACAUGAGAGAUGACCUUACGUGGGUGGAGAGUAAGCCGCUAUUCAAAGAACUGUGGAAGUUUAAUCUGGUGACGCAAGAGUGGCGGCGUCUCCCCUGCCAAGAAAACAUGCCCAAUGAGCUAGCUUCAAACGCUGUUAUACUCAAAGGAGACAAGCUUCUGAUUUACGGAGGUACUGGCGUCCCCUUUGGAUAUAACUGCAGCAAUCAUCUUUACAUAUGCGACGUCAAAAACGGCAAGAUGCAGAUGGUUCCAGCUCGAGGGCAUUUUCCACUUGCUCAAUAUGGCCAGGCUCUCGUUUGCCACGGAUCUUAUCUUUACACCGUCGGUGGAACGACGGGCUACAAUUACACCUGUGACAUCCAUAGAUUCGAACUCAGGAAGGCGGUUUGGGAACACGUGUAUAUUUGCGCUGGCAGGGAUCAGUCUGAGCCAAGAGGAAGAUAUCGGCACGAACUUGCCUUCGAUGGGAACAAGAUAUACGUCCUUGGAGGAGGCACCGCUCUUGAAGCCUUCGGAUUCUUGGAGAUUCCAGCAUUUGAUUUAGCAACGAACAAAUGGAUGACUCUGCUGACGCAAAGAGACUCGAAUUAUAAUUCCGUUCCUGCUCCUAGAAGGUGUCACGGCUCAGUGCAAUACACAGAUGAAAGAACGGGGGUAACUUCGGUUGUUAUUUCUGGAGGAUACGACGGGACUUAUGUAUUUUCCGAUGUCUGGCGCCUUGAUCUCAAUAACCUGCAGUGGAACUGUUUGAGGAAAUGUGUCUUGCCGAACCCUGUAUACUUCCAUUCUGCUGCCCUAACACCUGAAGGCUGCAUGUAUACGUUUGGAGGGAUAAUCAAGAAAGACGACGAGGGCACCAGGACUGACGCUGUUCAUUCUGUCUGGCUGAUAAUUCCGAAACUGUCUGUAAUUUGCUGGCAAGCUUUAAAUUAUUACAAUAGAAAUUUAAAAUACUAUCCUCCUGAUGAGUUACUCCACAUCGGCGUACCAGCUAAAUUUGUUCAAAGGAUCGAGCACGAUGCUUCAUAAUUGUGUUAUCAGCUAUAGUAUAUUUUUCUUUCUGACUCUGAAUAACGUUAAAAAUUGAUGAAAUUUAUUGUUGCUAGUUAUUUAAUUAUCUUAUAUGGUAUAGUGUUGAAUAUUAUUACAAGUUUGAUUUUUAACAUUUUCCAAUCAGCUUAAAUGAAGUUGAAAUUUUCUAUCUAUAUAAUGUAUCUAUGCCAAUAGAUGCAUACCCACAUUUUGCUAAUCAUGUUCGCGUUGGUCGUUAUUUUUGAUAGUAUUAGUAAUUUUUCCUUUUGUUUUCACUAGAAGCACCGACUUAUCUAAUAUCGUGUUUAUUAGAAAACUUUUGAUGGUUGCCUUUUUUUUAAUUUUAAUUUUACCUUUGAAUUAUUCUCUACUUUGUAAAUUGAAAGAAUUUAAAUUUGUUUUACGCGUUACCGGUUUUUCCGAAGCGUUUGUAUAUAUGCAACUAGCACUUAGUACAACAUCCGUGUAAAUAUGUAUACAUCCUACGAUUAUCCACCGUUAAAUUUCUAGCAUUUUGGGACACUGAAAAUCAUACAUUAAAAAACCGAUACCUAUCAUCAAAAGUCGAAUAGAAAAUUAGCAAUCAUGUUAAUAUCUUGAAUUCGACGAAGCAGCAAGACCUUACAAAAAAAUCAACAAUAUUUUGAACAUGUAUAUUGAACUAUUCUUCAUUGGGUUGUUGAUUAGCAAUUGAGGAUAUAAUAAGAUACGAUUUAAGGAUAAAUAUAAUGUACUUAUUAAAAAUCUUGCCUUAUCAGUAGAACAUACAAUUUGUGUACUUACGCGAUUUCAAGUACAGAAAUUUAUACCUAUAUGCAAAAUACAUACGUAACUAUACCAAUGAAUAUAAUAUAAAUUAAAAAUUUAGCGAAUCUAAUUUAAGCCUGAAUAUUGUAUGAUUAAAAACACCGACACGGUCUGUAAAGCGUAACGAAAAUCAUGUGAAAUAUAAAAAAAUCUAUAUUUUGCAAA